AUGUCCGCAGAUCUGCUAGCAGAGUUUGGUCAGGCGCCUACUCCAGACAAUAAGUCCGGACAGCAGCCAUCGCAAUACCAGAAAAAUUCAUUCUUCGAUGUCGACGAGAACAUCGAUUUCUUCGGGUCAUCAGGAAAUGUACAGCACAACACACAUCCCAAUCCAACUCCGGGAGCUCCGUGGCAAGGCCCUAGUCAUCAGGAAUUUGAUAUUCCCUUGAAUCCACAUGGCGAUUUAUUUUUCGAUGCAGCAUUUGACGCACCAGCAAGUGAUGAAGACGAUGAUGACUGGGGUGAAUUCGAGGGCCCUGAUUCAAACACUCAACUUGCACAGUCAACAUCUCUUCGGCCAUCAAUGACAGCUACGUUGUCAAAACCAGAGCCUCCCCAAGAUGCUCCAGGGGUUUCUAGGACAAUUGACUUGCUAGAUUCACUCUCAAUGCAAGACUCCGCACCAGUUGUGAAACAUCCAUCGGAGAUUGCUAAAAAGAACCAACACCUCGAACCUAGUAAUAACCAAGACCAGACGACAUGGGAUGAUGAUUCGUUUGGUGACUGGGGCGAUUUCGCUGAUGCACCUGCUAGCCAACCUCCCCCCAAGGUCUCCGAGAAGAAAACAAAACCUCCUACAAAACGUCCUGUCAAAUCCAAUAGGCCGCCUGCAUCAGCCUGGGACGACGAUGCCUUCGACGACUGGGGUGACUUUUCAGAUGGGCCCAGUGUGAAGCCUGUGCCCAAAUCUAAACCCACCUCGCCCCCGACGGUCCCUAGCCCAGCUCCUAGUAGCUCUGUUUCUGGGACGACAGCCCCCACAGCCACCGUCCGCCCGACAAAUAUCCCACCGCCAUCAGUCCUUCUUGAGUUGUUUUUAGAUGUGUUUGAGAUUCUUCAGAAGGAGGCUACGCUCGCAAAAUCCCAGCUACGAUCCUCGGCCCCACAGUCAUCAUCCCCAAACAUCGUUUCUACAACAGCCUUAAAUAUUCACAAUGUACUUCAAUCGGCCGCUCGCGUAAUUGCAGGGCGAAGUCUCCGGUGGAAACGUGAUACAAUUCUUAGUCAAAGCAUGCGAAUCGGCCCUGCCCGUUCCGGCAAAGCCGGUGGUAUGAAACUUAAUAGCGUGAACAAGCAAGAGACCAUCAAAGAAGAACAAGACGCCGUUGAUGUGCUUACUACUUGGCGUGAACGGGCGGUGAUUUUCAAUGCUAUUCUACAAGCUGCAGGCCAGCGGCCGAUCCCUACGGUCCAAGAUCCUAGUGCACUCAAGGUUAUUACGGCACGGGCGGACCAGGGCGCGCUAAAGGCCUCCCAUCCAUGCGCACUCUGUUCGCUUAAGAGAGAUGAGCGGGUGUUGCGAGUGGACGAACAAAGUGUUCAAGAUAGCUUCGGCGAGUGGUGGACUGAGCAUUGGGGCCACACAGCAUGCAGGCAAUUUUGGGAGACGAAUCGAAAUCUGCUUGGGCAGCGUUGA